AACAGUGCUUAAAACCCCGGCAAGUUGUUUGUUAUAAACACAAUAAAUAUAAUUUGUGAAAUAUGUCAAGUAAAAAUCGAAAACGAACGGCAAGCAGCAGCAGCAGUGCCGAGGAGCCCGACAGCGAGGAGGAGUCUCGUCUAAACGAUUUGCGAGAGCGAGAUGAAUUCGCAAAUCGGCUAAAACAACGCGAUGAGGAUCGGACGCGAAAGGUUGUUGAGGCCAGUGGCGGUCGGAAGGCAAUUGAGGAGGCUACCAAACGCUUAAAGUUGGAGCAUGAGGAUCGUGACAAAAUUGUGCCGCACCUGCGUGUGCAAUCACGCCGACAGUACUUGGAGAAGCGAAAGGAUGACAAAGUGGCUGAACUGGAGGCGGAUAUACUGGACGACGAGUAUCUCUUUGAAGAUAGUGUCCUAACUAAGCGGGAACGGGAGGAACGUCAGUAUAAGAAACAACUGUUGAACAUAGCCAAGGAGCAUGAGAAAGCCCGUGAACUGGAGCGCGUACAGCGCUAUAAAAUGCCGCAAGAUCUGAAGAAAGGCGAACGUUCGGAGUACGUGGAGGUGGAUGAAUUUGAGCAGCAACCAAACUCUGAGCAAAGGAAAUGGGAAGCUGAGCAAUUGGCCUCGGCACGUUUUCAGUUUGGUGCCAAGGACGCCAAAGCAGAGGAAGAGUAUGAACUAUUACUGGAUGAUCAAAUUGAUUUUAUUCAGGCCUUAACACUCGAUGGUAAUCGUGAAAAGGCAGCCAAGCAGCCGGAACUAAGUGAAGUGGAACGCAAGCGUCUAACACUGGAAGAGACCCGCAUAUCGUUGCCAGUGUAUCCCUUUAAGGAAGAUCUUAUAGCUGCUGUUAAGGAACAUCAAGUGCUCAUUAUUGAAGGUGAAACGGGCUCUGGCAAGACCACACAGGUACCGCAAUACCUAGUCGAGGCUGGCUUUACCAAGGACAAAAAGAUGAUUGGCUGCACACAACCACGUCGUGUUGCCGCCAUGUCGGUGGCGGCUCGAGUUGCCGAGGAAAUGGGUGUUAAGCUGGGCAAUGAAGUUGGCUAUAGCAUACGUUUUGAGGAUUGCACCUCAGAUCGCACCAUACUCAAGUACAUGACGGAUGGUACACUGCAUCGUGAGUUCCUCUCUGAACCGGAUCUGGGAUCCUACAGUGUCAUGAUAAUUGAUGAGGCUCACGAGCGUACACUACACACAGACAUUCUGUUUGGAUUGGUCAAAGAUAUAGCAAGGUUUCGGCCAGAGCUUAAGCUGCUCAUUUCCAGUGCGACACUGGAUGCUGAGAAGUUCUCCGCCUUCUUUGAUGAUGCACCCAUUUUUCGGAUACCUGGCAGACGCUAUCCGGUUGACAUAUUUUAUACAAAAGCACCGGAGGCAGAUUACAUUGAUGCUUGCUGUGUGUCCGUACUGCAGAUUCACGCAACUCAACCCCUUGGCGAUAUUUUGGUGUUUCUAACCGGUCAGGAUGAGAUUGAGACAUGUCAAGAAGUUCUACAGGAUCGCGUCAAGCGAUUGGGCUCUAAAAUCCGAGAGCUUAUUGUCAUUCCGGUUUAUGCCAAUUUACCCAGCGACAUGCAGGCUAAAAUCUUUGAGCCAACGCCACCGAAUGCCCGAAAGGUGAUCCUGGCCACAAACAUUGCCGAAACCUCGUUGACUAUCGACAACAUCAUUUAUGUCAUUGAUCCAGGCUUUGCCAAGCAAAACAACUUCAAUUCACGCACAGGCAUGGAGUCACUGAUGGUGGUGCCAAUAUCCAAGGCAUCCGCAAAUCAACGCGCUGGACGAGCAGGUCGCACAGCGCCCGGAAAAUGCUUUCGUCUGUACACGGCCUGGGCAUAUAAGCACGAACUGGAGGAGAAUACGGUACCAGAGAUUUGUCGCAUUAAUCUUGGUAAUGCAGUGCUCAUGCUUAAAGCACUGGGCAUCAAUGAUUUAAUACACUUUGACUUUCUUGAUCCGCCGCCACACGAGACAUUGGUGCUGGCUCUGGAACAACUGUACGCCUUGGGUGCACUCAAUCAUCACGGCGAGCUUACGAAGCUGGGCCGUCGCAUGGCUGAGUUUCCUGUGGAUCCCAUGAUGGGUAAAAUGUUGUUGGCUAGCGAGAAAUACAAGUGCUCAGAGGAAAUGGUCACCAUAGCGGCGAUGCUAUCAGUUAAUAGCGCCAUCUUCUAUCGACCCAAGGAUAAGAUUAUACACGCCGACACCGCAAGAAAGAAUUUCAAUCAUAUGCACGGGGAUCAUUUAAGUUUGCUGCAGGUGUAUAAUCAAUGGGCCGAGACGGAUUACAGCACACAGUGGUGCUACGAGAACUUUAUACAAUAUCGAUCCAUGAAGCGGGCACGUGAUGUAAGGGAACAACUUGUUGGUCUGAUGCAACGUGUCGAAAUAGAUAUGGUUAGCUGUCUGCCAGAGACGAUCAAUGUACGCAAGGCGUCCACAGCUGGUUACUUUUAUCAUGUGGCACGUCUAUCCAAGGGCGGCCAUUACAAGACCAUUAAACAUAAUCAAACUGUUAUGAUACAUCCCAAUUCUUCGCUAUUCGAAGAACUGCCUCGUUGGGUGUUGUAUCAUGAGCUUGUCUUCACCUCCAAGGAGUACAUGCGACAGGUUAUUGAAAUUGAAAGCAAAUGGCUGCUGGAAGUGGCGCCACAUUAUUAUAAAGCUAAAGAGCUGGAGGACUCCACAAAUAAGAAGAUGCCCAAAGGAUCAGGUCGUGCUGAGAUGACGCAAUAAAUAAAAGUACAA